GGUAAACAGAAAGAACAAUGUGAUCCUGGUGGCAGAUGAGGCGAGAUUGUCGGGAUGGAUGUGACAAGUUUUGAAAUGAAUUAUGAUAUGUCAAUUUUUAAUUCGCUUCCGCAAUAUUGUUGAAUACUCCGUACUGUAUAUGUUAUGAAAAAUAUUAUUGUGAUAAAUAAAAGUGUUUGAAAAGUUUAAAAUUUUUACGAUUUCCAAGUUAAUACUUUAGUCCAAAAGGGGCUGCAGACCUGGACGGAUUAGGGUGUUACAGUUAACAAGGAUGAUAUCCAUUUGUUUCAUGUUCUUUUGAACGACGUCAAAUUUGAUUGGAUCCAUUUCUUUCUCAUUGCUCUUCGUGAUGGCUCUCGACUCCAUCACCUUCGUUUUGCCGUCCCUAUUAUGCUUAUCCUUCUCAAUUCGGGAGUGGACUUUUCACGGGACAUAAGGGUGUCGGUGAAGAAGACGUGCUUCAUCCAAGAGACGAAGUUCAUCCGUGUCGUUUGCCGGAACGAGGGUGAAAUGCCUCAACAACAAGUGAUCGAGCAAACUGAAGGCGUCCUUGAGAGUGAAGCCGAGACCAAGGCCGUUCGUAGUUGCUCUAGAGCAGGACCUACCAAUGCUGGGGAAGGAACAAGCAAUGCAGGAGAAGAAACUAGCCGAGCUGCGGUAAGAGAAGCCCGACACCGUUGCCCAAAACCGAGAACGGAUGAGACUGAGCCUUCAUGGGUCCGGAGGAUUUUGGACGCCAUCACAUGUGUUCGUGACAACAUCCGACAUCUUACCAAUCGAGUCUCUCACCUUGAGGAUUCUCACUUCUCUCGCUCAUACCGAGGUCCUCGACACAGCUUCUCUAGAGGACCUAGGCCAGCAAAUUCUCUUUGACUCUUUUUUUAAGGACUAAUUUUUUUCAUGACUUGAUUCCUGUUUAUGACAUUAUGACAGCUCCUUGUUGAAUGUUUGCUUAAACUCUAACAUUAUUAUUGCUUAUGUGAUUGUUUGGCAAUAUGUUUCUCUCCUAGAGCUUAUUGUCCCUU